AUGUCUUCUAGCGAAUACGACGACGAACUCAUCAUGAAAGAUUUCGAUGAGAUCGACUCCCAAUUGGGUGAAGAUCAUUACAUGCGCCUCAUCCAAUAUUUGGCUGUUGACAGCUCAGAUUCGAAAGAAGGUCUUCUACAACUCCAUCAAGAGUGUCGACAAGUUUUCUCCAAAUAUCCUGUGGAUGAGACGGCCAAAGCGAAGCCGAUGCCUAAACGAGCCUCGUCCCAAGGGAGAAGCUUGGAUCGAACAACACCGACUCCAUUAAGACCAACUCCUGUAGUACAAAAGCCUCGGAUUAUGCUGACGAAGAGAGUUCCUUCGUUUGCAGGAUUAAAUCCAUUAACCGGAAAUAAGAAAAUUGUCACUUAA